CCGCCAAUGCCUCGCAUACUCUACGUCUCCGGUUUCCAUCCUUCGACACGCGCCCGCGACCUGGCCUAUGAAUUCGAAAGGUUUGGGCGCCUCAUUCGUUGUGACGUCCCCGCACCUCGAGGCAGCUCUGGUCGUACCCCAUAUGCUUUCAUUGAGUUCCGAGAUGAAAGGGAUGCAGAGGACGCGUAUUAUGAAAUGCACAAUCGAAUUUUCGAGGGCGAACGACUGAGCGUCCAAUGGGCGAAGAAUCCUCCUUCAGCAAUCUGGAGACACGAAAGACGCCGUUCGCCGCCCCCUCGCCGUCGCGAUCAUUCUCCUCGAGGUGAUUACCGCCGGAGUGACCGACGUCGCUCCCGAAGCCCCGACCGUAAUAAUACUAAGCGCAGGAGUCGAAGCCGCAGUCCCAUCGAUGAAAAGCGCAGGCGAAGCGCAAGCCCCGACCGCAAUCGUGACCGUGACCGUGAAGGUGGAAGAACUCCUCCUCGACCUGCUCGUGACGAUCUCGAGUCAGGCCGCGACCGUGAGCGCCCUCAGACCCCUCCGUUUGAU